AUGCCCAAGCCGACCCCCGUCGAGGACCUGAUAAUCCCGCCGCAGGACCAGAAGAUAUGCGGCACCAUCUGCGUCUGCCAAAUGACGGCCGUACUGAGCGCCGUCGCUAUCGUCUACCUCACCGUUGCCAUCUACAUGCCGUACACGCGCGCGAUCGCGUCCGGAAUCGAUCCCACGCCAAUAAUGUGCACCACUACGAGGGCGGUUAACAAAGAGAACUGCGACUGGGGCUCCUGUGGGGAGUGGUGCCUAAGCAAGACCUCGGGCGCCUGCAUCCAGAUCUACGUGAACGUAAGGCGCAACGGCUCUUCGCUGCUCCUCGCGGAGUGUGGGAGCGCCGCCAAUAAGACCUGCUACGGAAUAGACCAGGAGAACGCGAAGAAGUACCACUGCAUCCGCGACGAGUGCCGCAACCUCACCGGCACGUUCAACUGCACCGAGGGGAAGUGCAUCAACAUAACGGACGCCUUCGAGUGCGCAUUCAGGGAGACCGAUCCGCCACUGAAAUGUUCGGGCCGAAGAGGGAAGAUCACUUGUAUAGACGUGCACGGCCUUUUCUCCUGCAACAGAGGCACUUGUAGAAAAAUCAGAACGCCGUACAACUGCGAUAGACGCUGCGUCGACAUACCGACCCGCAACAAGAACGUCAUCGUGCUAAGUGGCGAUAGGGUCUUCUUAGCGAGGUGUGCGAAGUUGGCGCAAGAAGACGGGGGCAACAUAGUGUGGACGGACUCGGGGGAGGAAGUGCUGAUGCUGUCAUGUCACGCGGUGCAUAACGGAUCCUCGGGAGUUGUUGCCGUGGACUGCAUCAAUGCGGCUCUGUUGCCGCGAACCGACAUCGCCGACCUCACCAACUUCACCUAUCUCCAGUACUUGUACACUAUGAAGGCAACACUGAACCGCCAAAUAGCGCCAUUGGAGGUUGAGCUUACUUUGGCUAACGACAGCCGUUUGAUGAUCAACUUGGAAGGAUGCGUUAAUACUCUAGCCGAUGAAUGCAAGGAGUUCCUGAAGGACUACGGCCGCGAUGGGACUGACCACAACGCUAAAGCCCGAUUCCCCUGCUUCUACACCGAAAACAAUCCCGAUACUGUUGUCGCGCGGUUCGAUUUGGACGCCACCUUCCGUCAGUUCCUGGUGGCGCUGGUUUUGCCGACAGUCCUUGUUGUGGUGUCAUGUAUAACGCUGUUGCUAUGCCAAAAGACCGUGGAAGUUGGUGACGAUGCGAAGAUGAGAUUCAAGGGUUGCGCUGGUGGCCAGGCUGAGAUGCAGAUGCAUCCGAAUGAUCCUGUUUCUCCCCUC